GAAACAUUUUUUAUAAUGAGCAUGUGUUAUUUUGAUAUUGAAGAAUAAAAUAAAUAAAAUAUUUAAACCAGGGAAAACAAAAACUAAACCGAAAAAGAAGGCCAAAGGGCCACUCAAGUCUGGAGUGAAAGAUGGAAAGACCCCAGUAGUCACCCUGAGAGCCGAAGGACAGUGCUGAAAGUAUUACCACCAAUCUGAUGUUGAGUGCAGACUUACAGAUUAUCUACCUGGCUCUCAUGUAAAAUAUUUACAUGAAGAACCAGAAGAACCAGAAACCUGAGGCCUCUUGGAGAGGACUAUAGCAGAUGAGAAUUUCCCUGGUUAACAUGCAGCCAGAAAACUGAUUUUGGCUAGAGGACUUCAUCACAAAGCUCACCCCUUAUAGUGCUGAGCAUGAAGCUUAUCAAAUAAUUACGUUUCUUUGGUGCUUGAAUAGAGCUUCUUGGGAACUUAGCAAGAGCAAUUAGGUUUCUUUGUUGCUACAGUUAUAUUGGAAAGAAGACUUCUCUUCUGGUUCCAGGAAAUUCUCAGUGAAAAUCUCAAUCAGAACCUAUGAUAUGCUUCUUGGAACUGAGAAGAGAUUUUUGGUGAGCUAAAUUUAGCCCAUGAUACUCUACUCUAAUUUCAAACAGUUGAUAAUUCUACCAGAUUUCAUAGUAAAACAUCAGGAAGACAGGACUGAAAUGGAAAGAAGGGAUAACGCAAAGCACAUAGGCCAACAGAUAAGCCAGACCUGGGUUUGCCACUUUGAGUAACUGGGAAUUCAUUCUUAGAGUGGAAAACUAUGAUCACAUGUACAAGGAUGUCCAUGGCAGCAUUGUUUAUAAUUGAAAACAAUCAACCUAAAUAUCCAUCAGUAGGAGAACGGAUAAAUAAAGUGUGAUGUACUCAUGAUAUAGAAUACUUUAUGCAUAUAAAAAUAGAUAAAAAUGUGUGAGCUAGAACUACCAAGGAAAAUAAAUCAUAAAACAUUAAGCUGAGAAAAAUGCAAGUUGCUGAAGAAUGUGUAACACUUAUAUAGAAAUGUAAAACAUGCAAACCAAUACUAAGUAUCUUUUAUAGAUAUUUACAUAUGCAGUAAUAAUAUAGACCCAUGCCUAGGAAUGAUGAACACAAAAUUCAAGAUAUUGGUAACCUCUGAGGAAGGAGGGGAUUGAUUGUAGAGGAGUAUACAAGGAGGUUUUGACUCUAUGGAUGGUAUUUUAUUUGUGAAAAACAUCAGAAGCAAUUAUAGCACAAUGUUGGGAUUUUAUACAGCUAAGUGGUGCAUUUCUAAGUAUAGUGUUAUUCUCUGUACUGUCUAUUUGCAACAUUUCAUAAUAUAAAAGAAAGUACAUUCAAUCAAAAUUUUGUAUUCACAGUGUGCAGUAACAACCCUAGGGACAAAGAGUGGAUGGGGGUUCAACUUAAGUCUUGUGUUUUUAUCUCAACAAUGAAAAAUCUUGAACUAGUUAGGAUCUCCUUGUGAAAGAUUUAAAAUGUAAGAAAAUCUGGUAGGACUAAGAAGAGUCCACAUGUGGGAAAAAGUACAGUUGAAAGUUAAUAGGGAUAAAUCAUCUUUUCUAGCUUGGAGGAUUAUUGCAGAGGAAAAUUUCCCCAGGGUCCUGUACUCUCUCUUAUCCCCUGAAAUUACCACCAUUUCCUCUUUUGCCAAAUGUUCCUAUAAGAUGCAGAGGGGUCUGUCCCAACUACUCUUUGAUGAUAGCCAGGGGGGAUGACAAGGUGCUGAGGUGGAUAGCACCACAACUCAUUGAAGGCCAAAAAAAAAAAAAAAUCCCUCUGGGAGGAGUGAGGUCGGUGUCACAGAAACAACAAGGACUGUGGAUUCACAGAUGGAUGAGGUUGGGCAAGUCACACAACCUCCAUGAGUCUCACUUUCCUCAUCAGUUUGUUGUGAGAAAUAAAUGAAAUAAUGAGUAUAAAAUGCCUGAUAGGUAGACUGCAUUGAGAGAAACAGGAGUUCCCUUCCAUUCCCCUGGGAGGAAAAGGGAAUAGACAGACUCUUGGGGCAAUUAAUGCUUUAAAGGAGAAAUAAAGACAGAAUGAUAUUUCUUGGAUACUCUGGCUAAGUAGCUAUUUGAACUAUGACUGACUGGGUAUUUCUAACUAGCAUCUCCUGGACUCUUCCCAAUCAUAGGCAGGCUGUGUAGUCUUCUGAACAUUGCUCUGGUGUUGUUUAUAAUAGUGUUUACCUCAGCCUGAGCGAUAAUAGGACCAAAGGUGGUUUAGUGUACCCAUCCUGUAGGAGCUUUUCAUAUUAGUUCUUUAGGAUAGUGCAGUUUGUAAGAUGGCUGAACUCUUACUAACAAGCACCCACUUUUUGAAUUCUGCUGCUCCAUAGGGAGCUGGGAGGCUGCAAAAGGUGUCCACGUGAAAAUCCUUGCAUUUGUAGUUUAAUAAAGAGAACAUAAUACUGGAAUUCUGAAUUUUAAAUGAAGAGCUCUGUGUCUUUCUUUUACUUUUCCUCCUCUUUCUUUAUAUGAACAGCAGUAUGUAUGUGUGCUUGCGUGUAAUAUUCAUGUCACUUCCGGUUUCCACCCCCACCCCCACUCCCUGAGUGAACUGGAGGGUCAGCCCUCACUGUGCAUCUUUUGUGGUCAAAUUGUCAGCUUCAGAAAUAGUUAGAAAAAAAAAAGUUAGAACCUUCCACAAUAAGUACCUAAAGAAGCAACAUUCAGGAAGACAUAAAGGACAGAUGCACCUUCUUUCACAUUAUUGGUGGAUGGAUCAGUGAUGACUAAGGAAGAACUCCCACAUUUUCAGGCUGUGUGUGCAGGGACUGGAUCACAAGGAAUAGGAGGAAAUCUGCCAAAGAGGGUGCAGCUAGCCCUUGGAAAUCCUGGUAAUCCUUUAGGUCAAUGAUCUAGAGGUAGAGGCCAUUUCACCCCUUGCUUGAAGGGGUGAUGGCUAGUGAGAAGCUUGCUUACUUCCUCAUACUUAGACCAGCACUAAACCCUAACCAAACACAGACAUUCGAAAGAGAAGAAGGCUUCCUCUUGUACAAAUUGGAUUUGUUCUGAAAAGAAAAAGAGCAGAGGCAGCUUCCAGAAGGACCUAUCUCAUAGGAAGUAAGAGCAGACGCCAAGACUGAAGUGGAUGGAUGCCAGGUCAGAGCAGGGAAUGUGUCCAUCAAGAGCUUGCAACAAAGCUAAAGGUAAAAUGAUGGGUGUGCUUUACUCAGCUAAAAGAAGCAAAAUUGGCUGCAGUUUGUUGGGGUGCUUCUGAUCCAAUUUACUGGUCAUGCUGCUCACUUUCUUUUAUUUUAUCUUCUGUAAUUCGAAUCUUUUUGAUUGUGAAAAGGUACUUAAUUGGAAUUCACCAUGGAAAAAAAAGUAAUAUUGUUACAAGGAUCUUGAUGACUGACAAUUCUUGAGAAUAUAGUAUUAUUACUGGGCUACCGCUACUUCUGGGAAAGUGAAUAGUUUUAAUGUUGAAGGAAAUUUCUGUGGGCUUUGAGCUGAAUCUGUGUUAAAGAGGACUCUGGUUGUAAACUUUGUCACUCCUGUGAGAGACCAUGUAAACCAGGGAGUCAGGGAGCUGUGUGACAUGAUAUGGGAAAAAGUUUGCUCCUUUGCCUAAUUUUUCUCAAAAGAUCAUUUAUAAACCAUUGAAUUGUGAACCAUUCACAAUUUAUAAACAAUUGAAUUAUGAACCAUUGAAUUAGUCUGCCACCAAAAGACAGUAGCAUUGACAUGGUGGAUAAGUGAUCAUUCUGAACAUCUGUGGUGUUCCUUUAACCUAUUUUUGUGUCCCCAGUAUGAUAAUAGAACCUUCUCCACCACAGGAAAGAGCAGAACAAUGGUGUGGAUAGCCUCAGGCUUUGAUAAAAACCACUCCCUUGCUCUCCUGAUGUGAGCAAUAAUCUGUGCUUCACAGGUAUAAAAAAAUGCUGACUUUAUUUUGCAUCCAUAGUGCCACCAAAAUCAUUAAGGACUUUAAUUUUUUAAAAUGCCACCCCCCUUAAGGAAAAAACCCACCUGUAACAAAUUUGAGAGGGGUUGGUGAUUUUUUCAGCACUUAUUUGUGCUCUGUUUUGUGGCAGUAUUUAUAGUUUCACUUUAUCUGUCUAAGGAAGGUAUGGAAUUAGUAGUAUACAAUUGUGCAUAAACCAAGCAAAUAACUUAUAUAAAAACGUGUUUUGUGCAAAUAAAAAAAUGGUGACUUUUUGUAACUGUCUUUGCAUUUCCAUACUUCAGUUACCUAAACUGAAUCUUUCUGGAGUAUUAUAAGUUUGGAGAGGGUGAAAUAAGUUACUUUUCAUAAACAGAGAUGGCAUCCAUAAGACUAAGUUGCAUCACUUUUGUAUGACACUGUCUAAAAGAACCAAUCUAAGAAAAAAAAAGGAGGGAGGAAAAACCAAAAAACAAAAACAACUUCCUCCCCAGAAAUUGGUUUUCAAUUUUAGAACAAAGAUUCUAUCCUUUGUAGCUCAGCCAGUGGCUGAUGGACAAAAUCAGUUGGGCGGCAGUUAGUACAUGUCCAUACCUGCAGGUGCAGCCUCCAUAUCCUUAUUAGACCCCUCGGUUACAGACCCCAGUGGGACAGUGUUUGAAAAAAUUACAUUCGCUGUCUAGGAAACUGGGAACUGAAAGUCCAAUAUCUGCCUCAGUGGAGUUCUGGCACCUGCAUUAUCCCUUCUGGGAAUAUCAGUCAACAGCUGCACAGAGGCUUUUGCUGUUAACAGAUAUCAUAAAAGGGUGGUUAGUAUAAAGCUGCCUCUAGACAUUACCAAGCACACAAGUACAUGUCAUUUGACAUCCAGAGCAUUCCAUUGCCUUAUACAAAAAGCCAGUGUAUGUGAACUCACAACGUCGAACCAGUCCUCCAGUUCAAUGUGCAUUCAUUAAACCUGAAAACUGACAGAGGUGGGAGCUGUGGAAGGAAGAUGUCAAGGUAGGAAGAAGGAUCUUUGUUAGCUUUGCACAUUUCUGUUCCAUUUGAAACUAGAUGGCCAGGCUGAGGGGAAACCAGGAAGGAUGAGGAUUAAAGAUCUGGGUCCUCAAGAACUUUCAUUAUCAACAGCACACAAGUGAGUUUCAGAAAGAAGAAGCGAUGGCUACAGUGAUACUGGAGAGCAUCUUUCUCAAGCGAUCCCAACAGAAAAAGAAAACAUCACCUUUAAACUUCAAGAAGCGCCUCUUUCUCUUGACUGUGAAUAAACUUUCCUAUUAUGAGUAUGACUUUGAACGUGGGAGAAGAGGCAGUAAGAAGGGUUCAAUAGAUGUUGAGAAGAUCACCUGCGUUGAAACAGUGGUUCCUGAAAAAAAUCCUCCCCCUGAAAGACAGAUUCCGAGAAGGGGUGAAGAAUCCAGUGAAAUGGAACAGAUUUCAAUCAUUGAAAGGUUCCCUUAUCCCUUCCAGGUUGUAUAUGAUGAAGGGCCUCUUUAUGUCUUCUCCCCAACUGAAGAACUGAGGAAGCGUUGGAUUCAUCAGCUCAAAAAUGUAAUCCGGUACAACAGUGAUCUGGCACAGAAAUACCAUCCUUGCUUCUGGAUCGAUGGGCAGUAUCUCUGCUGCUCUCAGACAGCCAAAAAUGCUAUGGGCUGCCAAAUUUUGGAGAAUAGGAAUGGAAGUUUAAAACCUGGGAGUUCUCACCGAAAGACGAAAAAGCCCCUUCCUCCCACACCUGAGGAGGACCAGAUCUUGAAAAAGCCUCUGCCCCCUGAGCCAACAGCAGCACCUCCCUCUACAAGUGAGCUGAAAAAGGUUGUAGCCCUUUAUGAUUAUAUGCCAAUGAAUGCAAAUGAUCUACAGCUACGAAAGGGUGAUGAGUAUUUUAUCCUGGAGGAGAGCAACUUACCCUGGUGGAGAGCGCGGGAUAAAAAUGGGCAGGAAGGCUACAUCCCUAGUAACUAUGUCACCGAAGCAGAAGACUCCAUAGAAAUGUAUGAGUGGUAUUCUAAACACAUGACUCGGAGUCAAGCUGAGCAACUGCUAAAGCAAGAGGGGAAAGAAGGAGGUUUCAUUGUCAGAGACUCCAGCAAAGCAGGAAAAUAUACUGUGUCUGUGUUUGCUAAAUCUACAGGGGACUCUCAAGGGGUGAUACGCCAUUAUGUUGUGUGUUCCACACCUCAGAGCCAGUAUUACCUGGCUGAGAAGCACCUUUUCAGCACCAUCCCUGAACUCAUUAACUACCAUCAGCAUAACUCUGCAGGACUCAUAUCUAGGCUCAAAUAUCCAGUGUCUCAACAAAACAAGAAUGCACCUUCCACUGCAGGCCUGGGCUACGGAUCAUGGGAAAUCGAUCCAAAGGACCUGACCUUCUUAAAGGAGCUGGGGACUGGACAAUUUGGGGUAGUGAAAUAUGGGAAAUGGAGAGGCCAGUAUGAUGUGGCCAUCAAGAUGAUCAAAGAAGGCUCCAUGUCCGAGGAUGAGUUCAUUGAAGAAGCCAAAGUCAUGAUGAAUCUUUCCCAUGAGAAGCUGGUACAGUUGUAUGGCGUCUGUACCAAGCAGCGCCCCAUCUUCAUCAUCACUGAGUACAUGGCCAAUGGCUGCCUCCUGAACUACCUGAGGGAAAUGCGCCACCGCCUCCAGACUCAGCAGCUGCUGGAGAUGUGCAAGGAUGUCUGUGAAGCCAUGGAAUACCUGGAGUCAAAGCAAUUUCUUCACCGAGACCUGGCAGCCCGAAACUGUUUGGUAAAUGAUCAAGGAGUUGUUAAAGUAUCUGACUUCGGCCUGUCCAGGUAUGUCCUGGAUGAUGAAUACACAAGCUCAGUAGGCUCCAAAUUUCCAGUCCGGUGGUCUCCACCAGAAGUCCUUAUGUAUAGCAAGUUCAGCAGCAAAUCUGACAUUUGGGCUUUUGGGGUUUUGAUGUGGGAAAUUUACUCUCUGGGGAAGAUGCCAUAUGAAAGAUUUACUAACAGUGAAACAGCUGAACACAUUGCCCAAGGUCUACGUCUCUAUAGGCCUCAUCUAGCUUCAGAGAGGGUAUAUAGCAUCAUGUACAGCUGCUGGCAUGAGAAAGCAGAGGAACGUCCUACUUUCAAAAUUCUUCUGAGCAACAUCCUAGAUGUCAUGGAUGAAGAAUCCUGAGCUCACCAAUAAGCUUCUUGGUUCUACCCCUCUCCUCCACAAGCCCCAAUUUCAUUUCUGAGGAAAUCCCAGGUUUACAGGCACUGGGUCCUUUGUGCUCUUGCUGAAUACACAAAGGCCCCUCUCUACAUCUAGGAAUGACUCUUUUCUAUGAUUCUCUGGGAUAGUACCUUCUGAGCAAAAGCCAAGGAAUUCUUGUGCCUGGUAUUGUUCUCAGAGAAAAUAAUUUCCAGGAGUAUUAAGACAGGACUGAAUUUGGGAUGGAAAGUUUGGAGGAGGGAGGGAUGUAAAUAGCCUGAAAAGGGAUCCAACAGCUCUUUGGGUAGGCAUUAGAGCUUGGGGGGCGGGAGGCAGAAUUUGGCAAGAAUAAAAUGGUGUCAUAAAAAUGGGAGGGCAGGGUGUUUUGAUAAAAUAAAAUUACUGGAAAGCA